AUGUCUCGGAAGAAGGGGGUGCCCAACAAUCGACACCAGGCCCAGCAGGUGCCAGUCCGGUCGCAGCAAGAUGGAACGCAGCAACAAGUAGGAGCAGCAGCCACAGCACCAUUUACGACGCCACCUCCACCGCAGUCGCCGCGAGGAAAGGUCAAGCUGCAGCAACAGCCUCAGCAAUGGACAUCUCCAGCAGCAGCCGGCACCCACGCAAGCUUGCGAACGGUGACUGAGCCGACCCCACUUUGGGCCGUGCCAUCGCCUCCUAUUAGGCCCUCAGCUUCGUGCGAUGUUGGCCCUCGCAACAACACCCACGAGAUAUCGAACAUGGUUUAUCUUCCCCCCAACAUGCCCAUGUCGAUGAUGAUGCCGCUGCCCAUGGCCAUGCCGAUGCACGCCGUGCUACGACCACCACAGCCCGUGCCGACGUCGUACCACCCGUACGUGAGCUCAUUCCCCGGCGCACACCCUGUCCCCCCACCGCAUCAUCAGAGCCCGUACGUGCUCAGCCCUACCACCUCCACCUCAUCUCGACCUCAUACCGCCACAACGGCUACCACAACACGGCUCUACGCGACCUCUCCCCCGCCCCCGCCGGUCGCCGCGACCCAGGCCCGACCUCCCUUAAAGGCGCCCCUAUUCCCACCAGGCCUUGAUCGAUAUGCCCAGUGCUACGUCCCACAAUGGCAAAAGGACAUCAACGAAGCCACCCAAGCCUACUUUAUACCCCAACUACCACCCGAUAGCCACCAGCAUUUGUACAACUGGGACGAACUCUUCCCGAGAAAGCUUCUCGCCGACUUGGAUGCGCUCGAAGCAAAACAUCGAGCCGGCAUCAUUAGCUCGUUGCCUCCGAUCAACUUUGGCAGGACUCCACCACCUCUUGACGCGCCACCUGUGGUACAGUCAUCCCGUAUUGUCCCCGUCCGCCCUGGGGCACCUCGCCAACCGGUCGCCCCACCCCCACCCCCACCCCUUCCCCCUCCCGUUCCGCUCCCCGUACCGGCCAUCUCCCUCGAGGAAGAACUGAGGAACAAGAUACCCAAACUUGCACCCGACACGUAUGCGCAGCAUUGGAUACCACUGCAGCAUGCCGAGGUCGAAGGUCAGUCGUUUAGCAGAAUGACAGUGCCCCACGAGCCAAUAUUCACUGGGCAUCACUUCUGUUGCAUCGUUACAGCUCGGAUAAAGCAACUCCACGAUGCUCGAAUGUACGCCGUCCCGAUCACUAGGGCACCUCUCCCUCCAUCUGGUUCCGUUACCCCGCAAACGCCGCGACUCUACGUUCUCCAAGCUUCCUCAAUCCGUGAAGGCUGGCCACCGGUAGAGCUCGGUGACUCCCUCGAAUUGCGACAACUGCGACCUCAGCAGCGGUUCGUCGAUGGGCAAACAACUUCGAGUGGGACUUGGCAAGGCUUUGUUUUUGAAGCGACAAUCGCGAGUGUGAAUCGAGCCAAAGGGGAGGUGCUGCUGCGGUGCGAUGGACUCGCCAAUCAUGAAGAGUCAAUGAUCUUCAACGUGGUCUGGAGGGUGCAAGGUCGGUCUUUACAGCCAUUGGGGGUUUUUUUUUUUCCCAUGACUGCUGACCGAUGUUUGCGCGGGGACUUGCAGCUCGAGUGUUUGAGCACUGGCGAAGAGCUACCGAGAGAAUCUCUAUGGCAAUGAUUAGUAGUAAAGACACCAAGGACAAAGCCCGGUCGGUCGCACAGAGUUGGCUCUUCCCAGAAGUGGACGACUACAGGCAAGAGGAUGAGAAUACCGAACCCGUUGUCUUCCGGGGCAUCGACGGGAGUCUGAACAAAGAGCAGAGGGUAUGUGAAGAAGCGCAGUCUUAAUGUUCUGUCCUUGCACUCAUUCGGACCUCUUUUUCAUACAGGAUGCCGUCACUUCGAUCUUGUGGGCAAAACACAAGGUGCCGUUUCUCAUCAGCGGUCCUCCGGGAACUGGAAAGACAAAAACGCUGGUGGAAGCGGUUCUACAGCUACUGCGAAGUAAGCAAAUAGCGCUGUGCACCGGCGUGGAGCGCUUCUUUAUAGACAGCGACUGAAGUCGCGUUUCCGUCUUGACAGAACAUCCAACAACGCACGUCCUUGUCUGCGGUGCUUCUGGCCCUUCGGCUGACACACUAUGUAUGCGCCUGAGGAGCCUCAAACCGACCGAGGUAAUAAAGCAUUUCUCUCACUCCUUUAUGAUGCGUUGCACUAAAGCCUGACUUACCCUAUCGUUCAGCUCUUCCGAAUGAAUGCCCCGAGUCGGCCAUUCGCAGAAGUACGGGGCGAGCUCUCGCCUUUCUGUCACGUGGAAGACGGCAACUUUGCCCUCCCACCCCUGCCCGAACUCCUGGCGAAGCGCGUCAUUGUCUGCUCACUCAUCGAUGCAGCCAUGCUGCUUUACGCCCGUUGCUCGAAUCACGACCUCAACGAGCUCCUACUUUACAUAAACAAGACCGUCCGUCCUCUUCAGCCAGUCGAGAAUCCUUCGCCCCACUUCGGCUUCCUCUUGGUCGAUGAAGCUGCACAAGCGAGUGAACCCGAUCUCGCGUGUGCGCUCUCCGUCGUCGCUGUUGAUCCGCUGCGGUCCAAUGGACGACCGCACGUGACGAUCUGUGGUGAUCCCAAGCAGUUAGGCCCGGUCAUCGUGUCCCAAGAAGCCAGAUCGCACGGCUUGGACGUUAGUCUCUUGGAACGACUGGCGCAGCGGGACCUGUACGCUCAACAUCCCUUUGCUCGGAAACGGAGACAAGAGGACCCACACGCGGCGUGGACCUUGGGGACCCCGUUCGUCGACUUGGUCAAGAACUACCGCUCCGCUGUCCCGAUCUUGAUGCUUCCUUCGACGCUCUACUACAACGAAACGCUCGAGCCCUGCGCGGCCCCCACGGUGCAAAACAGCCCGCUCCACAAAUGGAUAGGAUUGCCACGUCGCGGAUGGCCUAUCGUCUUCCACGGUAUCGCGGGCCGUGACGAACCGAUCGAUGAAGGCGCGUCAUUUUACAACCAAGAAGAAGUUGAUCAAGUCGUUCUCUACAUCACCGCGCUCGUGCGCUCCGACGCGGGCUCUGAUCAUGGGCCCGUUCAUCCGCGUGAGAUUUCCGUCAUUUCACCUUACCGUGAACAGGUAUGGAAGAUUCGUCUUGCCCUUCGUUCGCUCGGCCUCCACGACGUCGAUGUCGGGAACGUUGAAGCUCUCCAAGGUGCAGAAAAUAGGAUCGUCAUCAUCUCAAGCGUAAGAUCCGAUCGAAGAUGGAUGGCCGCCGAUCGUGCACACGCGAGAGGUCUGAUCCACGAACCGAAACGAUUCAACGUCGCCAUGACCCGAGCAAAGGAGUUGCUCAUUGUCAUUGGGAAUCCGAAUACGCUACUCGUCGACUCGGAUUGGGCCGCGUUCUAUCAGUUCUGUCGCCGCAACGACGCUUAUGUCGGUGUAUCGAUCGAGGGGCAUUCGAGGAUCGAUGAUAUCGCUGCGAGUGCCCAUGCGGUGUCGAAGCUUGAACAGCAAUGGCAUGCGACACAUCAGAAUGGCUCGACACCCGUACGGAAUGGGUCGCAUGCGACUGGGGAAAAGGUCGAAGAGGAUCAGUUCCGGCAUAUCGAUCUUUUGGUCGGUCGGAUGGCGAGUGUGACGUUGGAGAGGGAGUGA